UCAGCAUGGAGGGGAGAGCAAGGCACUGUGUUGGUUCCGAAGAGGGUGGACGCCAGGGCAUUUCACUCAAAGUCACAGGGCACAGUCACCCACGGAGAGAUGGCUGACCGUCUGCACCAGGAGAUGUGGAGGCAGAGAAGGCAGAGACUGGAAGCAUUAUUAAUCAGGGCCGACCAGAACCAGCAACAGCACGAUCCUCCACAACCCGACAAUAUUGUGGAUCCCCAGCUAUUCUCGGCCGCGAAGGGACGGGACGUGGACAAGUUCAUCAAAGCCCUGGAGGAUCAUUGCGUCAAGGAAAGAGUGUCCUUGCCUGUCCUUCUCCGGCGAUGCAGCCCCGCCAAGAAUACACUGCUUCACGCUGCGGCAGAGAGUGAUGAUAAUGUCAGAGCGGUUAUCGAAUUCGUCCCUGAGCACUUGAUCAACUGUGAGAACUCCAGAGGAGAGACACCGCUUCACAUUGCAGCUAGAGCUGGAAAAGCUGGUGCGGUGGAGCUUCUCCUUCCCCAAGGGGUGCCAACAUACCCUGACCGUUUCGGCAACUCUGCUCUACAUGAGGCCGUGAGGAAUCGCCAUCACGAGGUGAUCAAUCAUCUGGUGAAUAAAGACCCCAGCCUGCUGUAUUGUCAAAAUAAGGAAAGCAAGUCUCCAUUGUGCAUAGCAGUCGAAUCAGGGGACUUGAAGGUUCUCGAGCCCUUGUUGGAAGCGCUAAACGAUAGCGAAGACUGGAGGAGAUCAAAGUGUCAAAAGAUCUUCGGCAUGUCACCUGUUCAUGUCGCCAUUAUACGCAAGGAAAAGGAUAUGCUGAUCAAGAUGUGGGAAAAGAAGCCGUGGCUAUUUCAAUUGAGAGAUGCGGGAGGCGGCACUCCACUCCACUUGGCAGCAUACACGAAUUAUCUCGAUGGAGUCAAGUUCUUGAUGGAGAAGUGCCCAACAAGUGCCCUGGAGCAAGAUGGCACGGAUGGGUAUCUUCCUAUUCAUGUUGCUUUCAUGAUGAAUCAUAUCAAGAUCGUCAAUGAGCUACUUCAACAAUGGCCACACCCCGAGGAGUUUCUAACUAGGCUGGGAGAAAAUAUUCUUCAUGUGUCAGCGAAGUAUGGACAUAUUGUAACUGUCAGAUCCAUACUGAAAAAUCCUCAAUUCGAUCAGCUCAUUAAUGCAAGAGAUUUUAACGGGAACACACCUCUGCAUCUGGCCGCGUUGCACUGCCAACCUUCGGUCAUGCUUCUUGCUCGACAUAGAAGAGUUGAUCUUAACUCGGUAAACAUGAAUAACAUGACAGCUCUUGACGUGGUAGAGCAGGACAUCGAAGUAUUUAAUGCUCCACUUCGGAAGAGGCUAACGAGCAUAGUUUUGCGAUCUGCUGGAACACCGAAAAGUGGAGAAUUAGCUAUCUGCAAGCCAACCGAUCGAAGCCCACGAAAACGAUUGAAACCGCAGCAACUGGAUGUAAUUAAGGACAAAGUGAAUACUCGCAUGGUUGUGGCGGCGCUUAUGGCUUCUGUUACUUUCACUUCUGGUUAUUCAGUUCCCGGAGGAUAUAAUGGUUCUAACCCAGAUGCAGGAAUCCCCAUAUUGCUCCACAAAUCCAUGUACAAUGUCUUUGUGAUUAGCAACUCCGUGGCCAUGUAUAGCUCCACCAUGGCACUCGUGAUCCUCUUGUGGACACAUAUUAAUGAUCCUUACUUGAGGUUAGCUGCCAUUCGCCAAUCAAAUGGCGCAUUGUUGGUAGCUCUUGCCGCAAUGCCUCUAGCAUUCAUGGCAGGUGUCUACGUGACCGUAACCAGACUCCCUUGGCUAUCGAUUUUUACCUUAGCCUUGGGAGCCGUCGCCCUCUUCAUUACCUUGAGUAUCUUCAUUUUGAUGUAUACACCGCUUGGGUGCGGACCUCCUCUCAUCCGUGCCUUCACCGACAGAUUUAUUUCUAUGGGCCUUAUGAUAGCGAGGAGAGAGGCUGCAGGGAGUGGGACUGCGGGACGUGAUGGGCCUUACGAUAGCGUGGAGAGAGGCUGCAGGGAGUGGGACUGCGGGCCGUGAAGCUACAUCCAUCCAGGACACUCGUGACGAUACCCUCCGCCCCCGCUAGGAAGAAUGAUUUAAGCCUACAUGUUCCAGAAAGAUGCCGUCUGUUCCAGCCUUGAAUUUAUUAUCUGAUCGUUAAUUAUGUAUCGAUGUCCGUACCUUUGGCUACUUCUUAGUCACAUCAGCUGUUGCUGUUUCGAUU